CUUAUAUGUUCACCGGUUCUUUGAGAAGUUUCCCUUUGGUUGGGGAACCGAUAAUCGCAAAUAUCUUGGUCCAGGUCGCUAGGUCCGCACCUUCCGACAACAGCAAUGAGACUUGGUCUGUUCGCAGAAUUGCCCUCGCCGACACGGAAGAUGACAAGUCGCCCCCAUACUUUCAGUCUCUCAAUUGGCCCGCAAUUACAUCCCUUCUACCUUGUUACCCACGGUUGGAACACUUUCAGGUCCUUUGUGGAGAGGAGCAUGCAGCAGAAGACUUUCGCGUGCUCUCUGACAAGGUCAUGGAGGCUGUGAAUCACCACCGAGCUGUCACGAUCGAACACGGCCCCGAACUGCCGGAUGGGAGGUUCCUGGAGCCAAUGCUGUUUGGUCUUACUGAAAGAGAUCUGGCAAGGACGCGACAAUCCAAGGUGUGACU